AUGCGGAAAGCAAAAUCUAAGUACUUUGUGAUAAAAUCCAGGCAAGCUCUCAAAUGGGAGACAGUAAAAGGGAUGGGCUUGGAUAAAUUCGCUCUUGGAAGAAAGCAUAAGAAUGCAAAUAUUAAUGAACUGAAAGUAAAUGAUGAUAUUAUUUCUGAUGAUAAAUCUAUUACUGAAACAUUAAAUGAAUAUUUUAUAAAUAUUGGAAUGAAGAUGGCUGCUGAAUCAGCAUGUCAAAGCACUGAUGCUUUAAAUGAUCAAGUAAUUUAUGAAAGUACUGUGCUUCUUCCUAAAGAAAAUUUUCACUUCGCAGUUAUUACUAUAGAUAGUGUUUCCAAACGCCUACAAAAACUAAAUGUCUCAAAAGCGACAGGUAUGGAUGGAAUACCUGCGAAUAUUUUAAAACUGACAUCAACCCUUAUUGCUCCAUCUAUAACUUUUAUAUUUAACCUAUCGAUUAGAACUGGUAUUUAUAUAGAUGAGUGGAAAUUGGCUAGAGUUAUACCAUUUACAAAUCUGAGGAUAAGCGGAAGCUUAAAACCCAGUUUGGAAUUCACGACAUUAAAUUAA